AUGAAGAAUUCUACUUCCUAUACAGUUGUGGUGGCUUACGUAGACGAUUUGUUGAUCACUGGAACUGAUGCUGAUGUGAUUCAGCAUCUCAAAGUUGCUUUGGACAAAGCUUUUAAAAUCAAGGAUCUAGGGUGCAACCCAACCAAUUUCCCUUUACCAAAGGGUUUGAAGUUAAGUGUGAAUGAAGGUGUUGUAUUGGAUUAUCCUGAGAAAUACAAGAACAUUAUAGGGAAGUUGUUGUACUUGAGUCUUACUAUGCCUGAUAUUAGUUAUGCAGUACAACAAUUGAGUACCCUGCAUUAUGGAUUUAUCUAUCCUGCAAAGACUGAUAUGAAGAUUAAAGCCUAUAGUGAUGCUGAAUGGGGCACAUGUGCUGAUUCAAGAAGAUCUUUAUCAAGCUUUUGUGUGUUUCUUGGGAAUGCAUUGGUUUCAUGGAAGACAAAGAAGUAG